AUGGUCUCACCCAUCGAUGGGAAUGCAAAGUGUUCCCACCACCCGGGUGACAUCUCACCUAUAGCGUCGGAUCAGCCUUCCACCAUGGCCUGGAUGCCGCAAUCCGACGCGUCCGAGAUCCCACCGAGGCCGCCAUUGGCCUCCCACCAGUCGAGCUCUCUUCCGUCGACCCCUUACCAGCAUGCGCGCAACCUCUCGUUUCAUUCCCGGUCGCCGUCCCCCGCCCGUGGAAGCACCUCCCCUCGAUCCACCCACUCCGAAUCCACCCACUUACCCCCCUCCGCGCGCAAACCGCUCGGUGUGUGUAAAUAUGAAACGGCCAUGGCAUAUUUCCGGAGACGGAUACCGUAUAGUUUGGGGGCGGAUAUACUGCCGCAGGAGAAGGAAGGACUGAAAGGGCGUCUGAACCCGACGGAGGAGCAGAAAUUGUCCGCCGACAUCAUGGACCUCUAUGAUCGAUUAUUACCGUCCGCGGAGAGCGAUGACCGCCGCCGUCAGCUGGUUCGCAAACUCGAGAAGCUGUUCAAUGACCAAUGGCCGGGCCACGAGAUUAAGGCCCAUGUUUUUGGCUCCUCGGGGAAUAAGCUGUGCUCGAGUGACUCGGAUGUGGAUAUCUGUAUCACGACCAAUUACAAGGAGUUGGAGCAUGUGUGUCUGUUGGCGGAAGUUUUGGCGAAGCAUGGGAUGCAACGAGUGGUCUGCGUGUCUCAUGCAAAAGUUCCUAUCGUGAAGAUCUGGGACCCAGAGCUGCGGUUGGCUUGCGACAUGAAUGUCAAUAACACCCUCGCAUUAGAGAACACCCGCAUGAUUCGGACAUACGUCGAGGUGGAUGAACGAGUGCGGCCGUUGGCAAUGAGUGUCAAGCACUGGACAAAACGACGCAUUCUUAACGAUGCCGCACUCGGAGGCACAUUAAGUUCCUACACUUGGAUUUGUUUGAUCAUCAACUUUCUGCAGACGAGAGACCCUCCCAUUCUCCCCAGCCUUCAAGCCCGCCCGCACAAGAAAAGGGUCACCUCGGACGGGUUGGUUUGUUCAUUCGACGAUAAUCUUGACUCCCUGACUCAGUUUGGCCGGAAGAACAAGCAGUCGGUUGGUGAGCUCUUUUUCGAGUUUUUCAGGUAUUAUGGCCACGAGCUCGACUACGAGAAGAAUGUCAUCUCGGUGCGGGAAGGCAACUUGAUCUCCAAGGAGGCCAAGGGCUGGCACCUGCUCAUGAACAACCGAUUGUGCGUGGAGGAGCCGUUCAACACAUCAAGGAAUCUAGGAAACACCGCCGAUGAUACCUCGUUCCGGGGUCUGCAUUUGGAAUUACGGAGGGCUUUCAAGCAUGCUGCCCAAGGAGAUUUGAUCGCUUGCUGCGAGCAAUUCGAGUUCCCGGCGGAGGAGGAGAGGACGUGGGAGCGGCCACCGCCUCAACCGCGGCCUAUCCUCACCCCAUCCCUUCCCUCACGCGGGGGCCGAGGUGGUGGGCGUGGGGGUCGAUAUCCGAACCAAUUCUCGCGCGGUGGGUAUACGGGAGGCCGCCGAGCGUCGAAUACGGGGAACAAGUCCAACGCAUUCCGGCAGUCCAACACUGGCAACCCAUCGGAAAUCUCUCUGCAGGCGCAGCAGCAAGCCCAGUAUCUUCUGCACGACCAACUGUAUCAACAGAUCCAGCUUCUCCAGGCGCAAGAGCAGGAGCUGCGGAUGCAGUUGCACAAUCAAGCGUUGAUCACCGGACGGCCUCCACCUGUGUUCCUCUGCCAGCCUUUCAUCCAAUUCCCCAUACCGCAGCAGCAGGAGUAUUCCGGGGAUGAGGGUGCACGGUCUAGAUCAGGAACGGUCAGUCACCCGCCGCCCAACACAUUACAGCGGCAGCAAUCGUUUAAAAACCCUACCUAUGCUUCUGUUAGCGCGUCCAAUCCGCAGGGCAGCACUACAAAUCCCCCCUCGCCCUCUGCCAAUGUUGCCCUGCCCGACUUUCGUCGCAACUCACGGCGAUCCUCGGCUGUAAAUGGGUCGCCCAAGGGGUCACUUCGAGCGCAAUCGCAGCCUGCGCGGCCCCAAAACUCACCAUCCCUCCAGAAUUUCCUGCCUUUUUAUACCAUCCCACAGCACCUGGAGAACUCGCACGGCUCCAAACAACGAUCAGCCACAGAUUCGUCAGAAGGUGGAGAGGGCAGUGGGGACGAGAACGCUCUGCCGCCAAACAGUCUUCCCAGCAAUGGAUCUCGCUCCGACUCGGUGGACGGCAACCGGCCACAGGAUGUUCUGGGCUACUAUCUAACCCCGCAGCAACUGCAGGCCUAUCAGCAAAAUUCUGUGAUGCCGUCUCUUUCAACGCCAGUGGGACUGGCUUUGCCCAACGGAUACACGCCUUUUGUUCCCGUCCAACAAGAGUAUCGGCCGGCAACGUUUUCGCCCGAAGGCUUCAAUGGACGUUCUGAGCCGAACAAUACCACAGCAUCAAAACCCCAGCCAUCACAACCACGGCGCUCAGCUUCACGGCCUGCCGUGGCUGCAGAUCGGGGUCCCUUGAUCGUUGAUGGCUCGGUGCCGCCCAGUGAACCUCGCUCGUCCUCAUAUACCUCGGACUUCAUUGAUCCUUAUACUGCCGUCACGCAUUAUACGUCAACGUCGGAUGACCACAAUAUCAAUACGCCCGCCAGUUUCUCCGAUUCGUUAUCCCAGGAUUUCCAGGACUCCGGUCCCUUUGAGAUGGAACAGUCCGGCGUUUUUACCCGGCCACCCGUCGACGCCCAAAAAACGAAUCAUGUGGGUGACGAGAAGCCGGCGGAAAAGGCCAAUGGCCAGCCUCAGUUGCUUGCCAGUCGACUGCAGAAUUAUCACUUGUCAAACGCCGAGAAACUGGCCCAAUCACAUCCUCCACCCAAGGCGAGUUCCGAGCGACCCAAGAACGGCGUGCAUUCAGGAACAGGCAAGGAAGCAUCCAAACAAGGGCCGGCGGGUGACAAAUCCACUUCAUCAUCUGGUGCUCCACAUGAGACCAGGCCUCAGGCGUCAAAUUCAAAGCGAAGACCAAACGGGGUUGAGCAUCCCGAGAAAGUGAAUGGUGUCAACCACAAGCCCAAGUCAAAGGGCCGUCAUGAUGCACCGCAGCACUCUACCCCAGCAUCCGAGUCCAAGGACCGGCACGUGGACCAUCCGCCACGCAAAUCUGGCGGAGCUCCCAAUGGCGUCACUGACACCAGCCACGGCGGUUGGCAAACCACGAAGAAAAAGAAUCGCAAGAACACCAAGACGUCGAGUGAAACCCGGAAUGGGGACCACAGUGGCCCUGAACCACUUCCUGCAGAUGAGUCGUUGCGAAAAGGUGGCUGA